AUGGCGAGCUCAAGUCCAGGUGAUUUAAGUAUGUCAUUUACACAAGAUUCUGAUGAAUAUCGUGAAAUGCAUUGCGAGCAAUGCGAUAUGUAUAACGAAAAAUCAACUGCGGAUGGAUUCUGCAUUGAAUGUAUGGAAUAUAUGUGUAAUGUAUGUUUGAAAUAUCACUCGAGGCUGAGUCCAGGGCAUAGGCAACAGGAUAAAAGCACAAUGCCUCAAGAUUUUUGCUUUGAAAAGUGUUCUAGACAUACUUCUAAGCUCAUUAAGUAUUAUUGUUUUACAUGUAAAACAUUUGCUUGCUACGAAUGCAAACUUAGAGACCAUGAACAAUGUAACGAAAUUGGCCAUGUGCCGACAGUUGCUAAAGGAGUUGAAAACAGUGGAGAACUGAAAGACCUUUUCAAAGAUAUUAAAACGUUCAAUACUGAAUUAGAGAGGUUGAACGGCAGAUUAGAAGCUAAAAUAAAUCAGUCUAGCACGCAAGAAAAGAGAGUAAUGACGGCUACAAAUAAACAGAGAGAGGACACACUAAAACAUGUUCAAGAGCAAAAGCAAUUGGUAACUGAUACUUAUGACAGAGAAAUAGAGAUAACAAUAGAAAAGUUGCAAGCAGAAAAACAGGAGAAAAUUAAUCAAAUCAGCGUAAGCCAAAAGCAGCUAGAUGAUAAGUUAACAACAAUUCUAAAUACAAUUGAAAAGAGGCAGUCUACAGAGAAGGCAACUUUACAGCGGUUAAAAACUAAAACCGAAAAGGUCUCAGGUGAGGCCAAAGACUUGGCACUUGACAUUGAACAAAAGCAAAGAUCGGAAGAGAGGUGUAAUUUCUUUAUAACAAUGAAAGCGUCAGAGAAAACGCUCGAAAAUCUGCAACAGGAAUAUAUGGGAUUACAAAAGGUCACAAAUGAAGAAAGAACUGACGACCUUACUCAUGAGUUAGUUGCAGCACUCAACGAGUUUAAGGCACUUAAAAAGAUUUAUACCCUAGACUUUGGAACAACUCGAGAGGAAGCUAGACGGUUUGGAACUCUCACAUCUAAUCUGUUCGUUUAUGAAUGGAAUCGCCAUGUAUCAGCCAGAGCAAAUGGUACAGAACAUAGUGCUUUGAUGCAUGUCUUAACUUGGCCACCAUUUCCACAUUUUCUGACAUAUUAUUAUCCAAACAGAAUGAAUAUGCUUACAGAAGAAUGUGUUGAGAAUUUGGUGAAGGCUGUUUCAAUGAUUGAAAAUGUAGUUACAAAAUUGUCAGAGGGCAGUCUGGCCGUUGACAUAUUCCGUCACAUAUCUAAGCCAGACAGUAAAUUUCCCGAGCUUGCAGAACUCGCACAGACCAAAGAAAUACAUACUGCAGCCUCCAUAAGAAAGGAAAUUGAGAAACGACAACAAGAGAUAAAAACAUGUACUACCCGGGUGGUAAACACAAUCAUGAGAAUGGUUAAAACAUUCGAUCUGAAAGGGGAUUUUACACGUAUUAAAGUAAUUGCUGAUGACAGUGAUCUAGCAGUGGAUUCAUUUGACGACAGUGUAAUAACAGACCAUCUGGAAAACAUGACUCCAGCAAAGGAACGUUGCCUUGCCGCAUUUGUGAACUGUAAACCUCUCAUACAGUGGCUAAGAAUGUCCCGUGUAGCAUCUGACGUAAAACGGCUGCAAGCUUCUGUGGAUCUGGCAUUCUUGUCAGCUGGAGACGAGCCAAUCAACAUUGCACGUGCCCAGUGUUUUCACUCUGCUGUAACAGGAUACGCCCCACUCAUACGUGACCUUGAUGAAAGUUGUGGAUACAAGGAACUAUUACAACUUUGUUCCCUUGUUUGGAAAGAACUUGAGACUGAUCCAAAACUACCUGCAAAAUUGAUGGACUUAAAUCGCCUGCUACAGUGGCUGAAAGCAACGAUGGAACCGGAUGUAACACAAAUGAUGCAUGUUGAGGCCAUCUGUGCUCGUGGUAUAUUCACUAUUGGCAAAAAUGCAUGGAAGGAUGAUACCAGUUCACAGAACAUUGGUGAAACAUCUAUGCAUGUACUGGCAGACAUACUGAAGUUGUCAGUACCAGAGCAGACAGACAACAGAGAAUUGAAGAACUGGACGUUUUCAGAGAUACAGUCCUUGCAACGCAAUUUAGGCAAACUUGAAAAAUACACUGAAAAUGCUGUCAGAUUUAGAAUGAUAGUUGAUGGUUUCACCAGAAUGGGAAUAAUAUAUACAAAGCUGUGUACCGCUGGAUGUUUUCUGUUCAAAAACUGGACUGCAAGAUUUCACUGUGACCCUGACCUUAACAAAGGAGUGUGUGUAGUUUUACAGUUUGGUUUCGAGAAUGUAGACCAACAGCUACAGGGAAGAAUGACAAAGACUGGAGACAUACUCGACAUGAUUUUAGAUAUAGCCAAGUUUAUGGAGGUUUGUUUUGCUGAAUGGCUGCUGUACAUCAAGGAAGCACGUAGGCGUUGUUCGGAAUUGAACCAUUUCACUAACGACCAGCUGUUUAUCCUACAGAAAGAGCUUGGGAAAGUUGGAACAGACUCUGAACCAUCAGAGCUUGUCUAUCCAAUGUUGUCUUUCUUGAAAGACAAUUGCUCCCCAGGUGACUUAUUGGAAGCAAUGGCAGAUGCUCAAAAAACUUUAAAUAUUCCUUUAACUAACAGAGCAAUAGAGGAAGUCGAUCCAGAGGAUACCAGAGCUGGUUCAGUCUGGAGUAUGGAUCAUGAAAAAGAGGUAAUGGAUAAUUACAAACCACUGACUCAAUCCGAUGAGCAAAUUAAAAAGCAACCUCAACAAGUGGAUAUUCAUACUCUGAUAACAACUCUCAUAACAAAAUUGAGAAAGGAAAGUUCUGUCGGUUCAGGACCACUGAUUCAAAAUCUCAACGCCUUGUGGAGAGACUUUCUUCAAGCUCUGUCCUUCAGCUUUCGAGACUGCCUUAGUUUAAAGCACAUUGCAAUCAUCUUGAGUAUCUUAGAAAAGAAAAACACUACAUAUAUCAAUCGAUCUCUACAUACAGUAUUCAAAGAAGAUCAACCAAACCUAGUGAUUUGUGAAGAUGAAAGCGUUUUCAUUACUGCGUUGACUGUUUAUAUGGCGGACAAAGAUCAGCCCCUACCACAACCCGAUGAAGUACUUACAUGUACAAAGGAAACGAAAACGGAUGAGAUUGACAUGUUUUUGAGGCGUGUUUUCUAUAGUGGAUCAAAGAAAAUUUAUUGUCUGGUCAAUGCGGACAUGUUGACAUACGACGUGGAUGAAUAUACCGAGAGAUGUGUUGAGGAAUACCUGAAGGAGACACAUGCAGGUUCAUCAUAUCGGCUUAUAGUGAUCAGUGGGUGCAAUAAACAGUCGGGUUUCUUAGCAUCAUUGAACAAAUUCAAGAGACAGCCUUUACAAAUAAGUACUGAAGCUGUAAGAGAAUACUUGUUAACAAAACUAUCUGUUCAGGAAAAUUCUAGUACAAGACUCAGUCCUGCUGCUGUUGCCGAUAGAGAAAGAUCUACCGUGCGUGUGAUUAAAUCCUGGCAAGCUGGUGCUGGGAAGUCAUUGUGUGUAGAAAGAAUGAAAGAAAAAUUUCCACGUGUCGAUUCUGUGUAUAUUGCUCUUAAUGGGAUAAGUAUCUGUCCUGAGGAAGUCAUAAAAAGCCUACUUCCGUUCACAUUACGUCCAAAUGAACCAGAACCUAGGAUUUUCCACAUUGAUAUAUAUCAUGAGGUCGAAAAUGGAGUAGAUAAUUUUCUUUUCAACCUACUCAUCCUUGGUUGUCUGAGGGACAAGACGGGAUUAAUCUGGAGGAGGUCACUUACUGAUAUUUUCCUGAUAGAAAACACGCCUUUACUUAUAUCUGUAAACAGUGGACAAGAUGCAAACUGGAGAUACGUGCAUUCACUUUUGAGUGUUCUUCCAAACCGUACAUGUAGAUCACCCAAAGAAUGUUUGUGCAUCUAUAAGGGUAUACUUCCGCAAGAUUACGAUGACUCUGAUCAGCUGUUUGAUGAUGAAAUGUACAGAAGUGACGUUUUCCAAAGGCCUUACCGGUAUCUGAUGCGUACAGACAAGACAAAAGUGCAGUUUAAGAGUGAUAUUGAAUCAUGUCUUCAAACUAUACUCAGACACUGUGGAUUAGAAGAACCAUCUUGGAGAGAUGUACAUUACUUUGUCAUGUUUCUGAAUCGACAACUGAUUGCCUUUGAAAACAAUCCUUUUGUAGGAGAAUUUUCAUUUAAACAAGGCACAGACUUUUCAGUGUUUGUACUGGAGUUUCUUCUAAAGAUGUCCAGAGAUUUCGCUACUCGCUCAUUACGCUUCACUGAUGAAUCAAACCAGUCUUUAAAAUCGAAAACCAAUGUUGAGACAGAAGAGAUGCUUGAUGGUUUGCUUGAUGAGAUACAGCUAAAACAUAAAUGGGAAGACAGUAGACAUCCAUGUUUGCUUUUCAACUCGGACAAUACAACCUUCACAUUCCUUGGAUUUCAUGUAGAACCAAAUUCGGGGCAUUUAAUUGAUCCACUGACAAGACAAGUGCUAGAAUUAAGAAUAAUGAACAGCAGUUUACAUUCUUCACUUGUCAGGAAUGGUGUGUCGUUAUCAGACGAUUUCGACUCUUUAUCAAGACAUGAUAAAAUAAUGAGGUUGUGCAUAUUUAUGGGAAUACAAUAUCCACAUGAUCCUGAUGAAAAUUUUAUUUUGACAACUGACAUCGUCAAGAAGAUUAUGGCAAUUCAUAUGAGGUUUAGGUACGAUUUACCUACACUCAUCAUGGGAGAGACGGGAUAUGGUAAAACACGUCUUGUCAAGUUUCUAUGUGACAUUCAGCUACCUUCAGAAUAUCGUAAAAACACUACAAAUAUGAUUCGUGUAAAGGUACAUGGCAGUCCAUCAAAAGACAUAAUAAAGGCAGUAAGACAAGCUGAACAAGUUGCAGAGAAGAAUAGACAAGAAUAUGGAGAUAGUGUACAUACUGUGCUAUUCUUUGAUGGGGUCAACGUCACCAAAGAUAUUGGACUUAUUAAGGAAAUAAUGUGUGAAGGAAGCUUGCUUGGGAAGAAACUGAACAAGAAUCUGAAGAUAAUUUCUGCAUGCAAUCCAUACAGAAGACAUUCCGAUAAAAUGAUGAAGGAAAUGGAGCAAGAAGGAUUUGGAGGUCACAUGGAUACAAAUGACGCAAACGUUCUGCCUGGUCAUUUACCGUUGCAGUGUUUGGUGUAUAAAGUUUAUCCCCUGCCGCAUAGUCUUUUACCUCUUGUCUGGGAUUUUGGACGGCUUGAAGCAGAUGUUGAAAAUGUAUUUAUCAAUCAGAUAGUCAAGAAAUACAUACGGGAUGCGAAAUUGCCAGAUAUACCAGGUUUGGCCGAAGUAGUCAGCGCCAUCUUGGCAGCAUCACAGGACUAUAUGAAAAAGCAUAUGGAUGAAUACUGUGUUGUAUCACUGCGAAAUGUCGAGAGAGCUCUCACAGUUAUGAGCUGGUUCUACCAGAACAGUCGGGGCGGGCGGACUAUUUUCUGUCUGAUGGACGAAAUACUUCGUGAUGGUUCAUUCCAUUUCUAUAUAUAUUGGUAUUUCACUGAGGCUGAUGCUAUGGGGCGUGAGAAAGGUUGA